AUGCCUACCGCCGUGGAACAGAAAGUUGUUGAUCCGGAGGCUGAACUCAGCAGUACCCAAAGAAUGUUCGAAAAUCUGGCGCCAAUGUGCAGCGUGGCGAAGAGAGCUGGAGGUAUACCGCAGUUGGCGCCACAGGAGAAACAAAUGGGCAUCCUCAAGAAUGAGAUGAAAGAGACGCUACUCUGUAUUAGUCUCGCUACGAAAGGACAACAUGGUAUCCGGGACGGUAGGAUACAGCACAAGAUAAAUAAGGAUAUCGUGGAAUUUGAGAACCUGAACGCUGAGCUGAGAGACGAGAAAGCCCAGCAGGCUGAACUGGAAUGUUUGAACUAUCUCGCCGGAAAAAAUUUAGCAGAACUCCUGAAGCAAGUCCCGACAGAAGCAGACGAAUUAGCAAUGUUAGAAAAUGCCAAUAAUCGCCUACGCCGCAUGGAGAAUCGCCUCGACCUCGCUACGAAGAGGUUCUGUAUGGUCAAUUCAGACAACAAGCAUAUUAGGGAAGAGAUACACAGACUGCUUGUUGAGAGAAAUGAUUUCAAUAUCCUAUGGAACCGCACCAUAGGAAGGCUGUUGAAGGGCAAGGAGUACCUCAUGGACAUCCUUGAGAUUGCUACCAACGUAUUCGGGGAAAGGGACGAAUGUUGCAGGAAGCUCGAAACACUGAAGUGGAGAGGGCUUUUCCAGCUGAAUAAAGAUAUUUCUGAAAUGCAAGCUUAUGAAGGAGAGCUAAAUCACUUGGCCAAGCUAGAAGAGUACUUAAGAGUUAAAGGUUCAGUCCGAAUUUGUGAAGCAGAGGAGAUAGAAGAGAUGAAGAGACUAGAAGAGAUAGCCAGGUGUGAACAAGAGAUUGCCACUCACGAUGCACUCAUAGAUGAAAUAUUGGAAUAUGCUGGAACCCACAGCGUGCCUACAGUUAUAAAGAUGUUUAAGGAUACAGAAAUAAAUAAUUUUUCGUUUUUCACUUUGCUGAUCGAAGUGCUGCAGGAGAGCAUUUUGCUGAAAAGAGAACUUGAAAUCUCCAGGCAAAGAAUUCUGGACCAAACGGAUAUAAACGUGGGACGAGCGGACCGUGAAGAUAAGAGGAUUGGUGUGCUUACGGUCGAGUUAACUAAGCAACGAGAAAUUACCCAGGCGAAAGCUGACAAAAACACGCUCUCCGAGAACUUAUUUGCCAGGGUUCUGAAGGGUAUUGAUGAUCUGGUCAGAAUAUCGCGAUGUGAAGUCACACCAUUACUGUCACUCCUGGGCAACCACAAGGAAGUGACUACGUGGAAUGUGAAAAAGUUCCUUCGUAUUCUGGAACUGGAAAUAAAAAGCCUCAUUGAAGUGGCAUAUGGAGCUGUCAAGCCACCUGCGCCUACUCCAAAAGGUCGCAAAGGCGCACCAGAGCCAGCAAAGCUCGUGGCAGACCCGUACUUCGAGAUUCUUCGGCCGAACAGAAUUGAGAAACUGGUUCCCUACCAACCCUGCGCCUAUUGUGUGGAGGAUUACAUGAUGAACCAAGUGUUUGAGACUCCUGCAGUUCCAGCCGACAGGGCAUACGUCGAGACUUUCUUCCAUCUUGAGGAUGUGAACACGAAGUUCGGAAUAUUUACACUCACAAUACCGUCGAAACGUCACCCGUUCCGCGCAAAGAAGGAUUGA